AUGCUCUUGUCGGUGAAUAGAUGUAAUACACUUCCUUCUGUAUUUGAACAGACUCUCAUCUUCGCAGCACUGGCUUUACUGGCACUGUCUUCAGAAGUUCUCACAAAUGAGAAGCAUAAAGAAGGGAAAGGAAAAGGAAAAAAGAAACCGAUCAUAAAAAAGAAAGUUAUCCCAGACUCUGUAUCAGACAAAGCGACACACUACUCAUCUGCUGACCCAGUGUUUUUGGCAAACUCAGUUACCCUGUUUGGAGAAGGGGGUUUUAUGCAAGUUGAAGACUAUGAACGACAUAUCCUUGACAUGGUAAAUCAGCUCAAGAACAGUUCCUCACUGGCAGACAACAAGUGUGAAGUGAAUCUCAGGCUCUGGAUGUCCAAUAGAAGAAGCCUGUCUCCAUGGUCAUACAGUAUAAAUCAUGAUGACAAAAGAGUCCCGAGUGAUAUACCAGAAGCCCACUGCCUAUGCACAGGGUGCAUUAAUCCAUUCACCAUGCAGGAGGAUCGUACGAUGUCUAGCGUACCCAUCUACACCAAAAUCCCAGUGAAGAGGCUCCUCUGUAACACUUCCAGGUCUGUCAGUAGACACCAGAAGAAAAAGUGCCACAGUCAGAAGUACAAAACUGUUAUGGAGAACAUUGCCAUUGGAUGCACCUGCAUCUUUUAAUGCCAUGCAAGUUUCAUUCUGACAGCCUUGUGUACUCCUAAACAUUUUACUGAA